AUGGCAUCUAGUUCAGGAACAGUUCCAUCCAUUCAAAAGAACUUCAAGUAUGAUGUAUUUUUGAGCUUCAGAGGUGAAGACACCCGUAAGACCUUCGUUGAUCAUCUCUAUCAUGCCCUUCACCAUAAAGGCAUUAUAACUUACAAAGACGAUGAAAGAAUGGAGGAAGGGAGAAACAUCAGUGAUGAACUCAUCAGAUCAAUCGAAGAUUCGAAGUUUCAUAUCAUUGUUUUCUCAAAGAACUAUGCGUCUUCAUCAUGGUGCUUAAACGAGCUCGUAAAGAUCAUGGAAUGCCAUAAUACGGUUGAUCAGACAGCUUACCCCCUCUUCUAUGAUGUGGAACCCACCGAGGUCCGCAAACAAAGUGGGGCAGUUGGAAAAGCGUUUGCCAAACAUGAAAAGGAAGAGGCUGCUGAGAGAUGGAGAAAUGCUUUGUCAGAAGCAGCCGGUCUGGCUGGGUGGGAGUUGAAGACCACUUUUGAUGGGUAA